AUGGAUGCGGAGGUGCACCGCCAGCUCAACGAGGCUAAGCUACUUUUCGUCACCCGCGAAGACUACUCUGUAGCCCGCAUGAAUCGUCGGAAGUUGGUCAUACGGAGUCUCACUGGAGCAUGCGAGGGAGCAUUCCGCACGGAAGAGCUCCUGGGGGCUGAGGAAACAACCGACUUUGCCAGCGAACAGCUAAUAUGUGCUGCGGCUACCAGAGCCGUGGACACCUCAGCUAGUGAAGGUGCGGCGCCGCGGUCAAUAGACACUGCCAAGGUAACGUAUCCUUCCGUACUGUCCGCAGAGUGCUCAGCUACUAGGGACGCAGCGGGUGGCGAUGUGUUCUCUGCUAGAGACGCAAUACGGGAUCUGCUUCCCCGUGUGGAGCAAGUGUUUGAUUUCUACGCAGCGUCGCACGUAGCGGAUGCCGAGCUGCUGUAUCCAGCAAUACACCUGCCUCAGUUCACCACGAUGGUGCGCGACAGCGCUCUUGAUCGCGGGCGUCGUCCUCUCCUUCCCGAGUUGCUGUGGAUGACGGUUCUGCGCGAUUUGCCUUUUGCUGGUAGACGCGAACGCACAGACCGGCGCCAUGGUAGCACUUUGCUGCUUCCGCGUGUCUUCAACGACGACUCUCUUUUCCAUCCGGUUGCCACGCGGAGGGACUUGUUUGUGCACGAACGGCUCCGAUCAAUCACGAAGACGGAGUUCCCACGUGCGCUUUACGUCGUUUUUCGUGUUGCUGUCCACAACGGACACGAAAGCGCCUCUGUACACAAGACCUUCUGCACUUAUCUCUCGCAACAUUUCUUGCCCGCCGUGGAGCACCGCAUUCGACGUCGCAAAGCCUCUCGAGCCUUCCUGGUCAACGCCAAGGCUGCUCGCUUUGCCCCUAGUGCUCCAUCCCCACCAGCAAAACCGCCUGACCCACUAGCCGCGUCAGACUUGCCGAAGGCAGCGGCAGGUGUCUGCCCCUCGCCCCCGACCCUUGCCGACAUUGUAGCAACGUACAGCAAUGAUACAGAGGUGCAACGGGCUCUCCGCCAGUUCACGCCGCAGCUAAAACAGUGCUUUCGUCACGCGGUACGGUGCCUUCCUACGUGUCGUACCGAAGAUGCCCGCAUGAGCAUUGACGCGUUUGUGGAGUGUGCUCGGCAGCGUCAGUUACUUCCGCUAAUCUCACGAGAGCAGCUCAGGGACAUCUUCGCCUUUUGUCUCACAUUGGACGGCUACAGCGCUCGCGGUGCCGCGGAAAGUGGGGAACUUGUGACGAAGCAAGCAGCGACGCUGACCAUUCGCGAUAGCAUCACAUGCUUUUCCUUCACUGCGGCUGUAUACUGCCUAGCGGAGGUCAUUUAUGGUGGCGCACCGCUGCUGCGUGAGCAGUACGCAUCGCCCUAUGCGCGAAUCUCAAAGCUUCUGGUGAAGAUGUUUAUACUAUGA